CGGAAGACUCAAUACUCUUUAAUGGUUGUUGACGAGCCAUCAAGGAAAAAACGUUCACCAACCUUAAUUCAAAUAUUACCUUAUUAAUAUUAUUUCCAUUUCACUGCACCGAAUCACACCCAUAAGCUUCACUUCAAAUCUCACAGUUUCAUUCAUCCACUCCCUUCCCUAUUCUUAUCAUGGCAGCAGAAAUGGUUACCGGUGUUCUUGUUUCCACUUUUCUCGAGAGGACUAUUGACACUUUGGCUUCUCGUCUUUUUGACAUAUUUCAUCAAAGAAAGCACAAGAAGCAACUCCGCAACUUGAAGAUGAAGCUCCUUGCCAUUGAUGUUGUGGCUCUUGAUGCAGAACAAAAGCAGUUCACAGAUUCACGCGUCAGAGAUUGGCUUCUCAGGGCCAAAGAUGUUGUGAUUGAUGCAGAGGAUCUCUUGGAUGAGAUAGAUUAUGAACUCUCCAAAAGCCAAGUGGAAGCUGAGUCUCAGAGUGCUGCUAAGAAGGUGUGGAGUUCCCUCAAUUCUUCUUUUCUCAUUGAAAAUGAAAUUGAAUCCAGAAUGGCACAAGUCAUUGAGGACCUAGAUGAUCUUGCAGACGAAAGCAAUAUUCUCGGUUUGAAAAAGGGUGGUGGUGUUGAGGUUGGAUCAGGAUCAAGUAGUAAAUUAACAUAUUCAUCUUUGCCAAAUGAAAGUGUUAUCUAUGGCAGAGAUAAUGACAAAGAAUUUCUCAUUAAAUGGCUCACAUCGGACACUCACAACAACCUAUCUAUACUCUCUAUUGUGGGUAUGGGUGGGAUGGGUAAGACCUCUCUUGCCCAACAUGUAUUCAAUGACCCAAGGCUUGAAGGUAAAUUUGAUAUUAAUGUUUGGGUCAGUGUUCCACAAGAGUUUGAUGUUCUCAAAGUAUCAAGAGCAAUUCUUGACACAAUAGCCAGUUCAACUGAUCAUAGUAUACCGAAGGAAGUAAUUCAGAAAAGAUUGAAAGAAAACCUUAUGGGAAAGAAAUUUCUUCUCGUUUUGGAUGAUGUUUGGAACGAAAACUCAUCUAAAUGGGAAGAUGUGCAAAAGCCCCUUGUUUUCGGAGGCCAAGGCAGUAGGAUUCUUGUCACUGCACGGGGUGAGAAGGUUGCUGAUUCCAUGCGAUCAGAAAAGCACCACCUGGAGAUAUUAAAAGAAGAUUAUUGUUGGGAAUUGUUCGCAAAGCAUGCAUUCCAAGGUGCUAAUCCUCAACAAGACCCAGACUUCGUGGAGAUUGCUAAGAAAAUAGUUAAAAAAUGUGAUGGGCUUCCUUUAGCGUUGAAAACAAUGGGAAGUUUAUUACACAAUAAAUCAUCCCUUUGGGAAUGGGAGAACAUUAUGAAAAGUGAGAUAUGGGAUCUUUCAGAAAAUGAAAGUGGUAUACUCCCGGCUUUAAAAUUGAGCUAUCUUCACCUUCCUUCUCAUCUGAAGAAAUGCUUUGCAUUUUGUGCCUUACUUCCCAAAGGUUAUCGGUUUGACAAGGAUAUUUUAAUUCAAUGGUGGAUGGCUCAAAAUUUUCUAGAAAGCCCUAUACAGAAAAAGAGUCCUACAGAAGCUGGUGAACAAUAUUUCAAUGAUCUAUUAUCUUGGUCCUUCUUUCAACCAUCAAGCAACAAAUUUGAAAAGCUUUUUAUCAUGCAUGACCUUCUAAAUGAUUUGGCCAAAUACGUUUGUAAGGACGUCUGCAUCAGGAUAGGAGUUGAUGAACAAGAAGGUAUAUCCAAAACAACCCGUCAUUGUUCAUUUUUAUCUGAAUUUUGUUUUGAUGGGUUUGGGAGUUCAAUUGAUACCCAAAAGUUGCACACAUUUACGCAAACAGAUCCAAACUCGGGUUGGGUUUGGGAUUGCAAGAUGUCGAUAGAUGACUUGUUCUCUAGAUUUAAAUUGAUACGUGUGUUAUCUUUGAAUCGUUGUUGUAUCCUUAAGGAUGUGCCUGAAUCUAUAGGAAAUCUUAAGCAUCUUCGUUCAUUAGAUCUCUCCUGGACUCAAAUAGAAAAACUACCUGACUCAAUGAGUUUACUCUACAAGUUGCAAAUACUGAAGCUGAACGAGUGUCGUAGAUUAAAGCAGUUUCCCUCAUGUUUACAUAAACUUCAAAAUUUGCGUUGCCUUGAAUUAGUAGGUAUUGGAGUGGAAAAUGUGGCAGCACAUUUGGGAAAGCUGAAGAAUGUUCAAGUAUCGAUAAGUUCAUUUCAUGUUGAGAAAAGUAAGGAAAUGAAUAUUCGGCGAUUAGGACAAUUCAAUCUUCAUGAAAGUCUAACAAUUGAUGAUCUGCAAAAUAUUGAGAAUCCCUCUGAUGCAUUAGAAGCAGAUUUGAAGAGCAAACCACACCUUGUGGGCCUACAGUUCAAAUGGAAUUUCAUUGGCAGCUCCUUUGUUGAUUCAGCAAAAGCUGAGGAUGUAAUUGAGAAUCUACGACCUUCAAAAUACUUGAAGAAAUUGUCAAUAAGGAACUACAUUGGUAAACAAUUUCCAAAUUGGUUACUCCACAAUUCAUUACCGAACCUGGUGUCCUUAGUGUUGGUUGAUUGUAGAUCUUGCGAACAUUUACCUCCGCUUGGGCUUUUUCCAUUUCUCAAGGAAUUGAGUAUUGAUGGACUUGAUGGGAUAGUGAGUAUUGAUGCUGAUUUUCAUGGGAACAACUCUUCUUCGUUUAAAUCCCUUCAAAAAUUGUGGUUCUCCAAUAUGAGGCAAUGGGAAAAGUGGGACUGCCAAGCUGUGACAGGUGCUUUUCCACGUUUAGAACGUUUUUGGAUAAAAAAUUGUCCUAAGCUAAAAGCAUACCUGCCAAAGUUUGUUGCUUUUCCACGUCUACAAAGUUUUUCCAUAGACAAUUGUCCCAAGCUGAAAGGACACCUGCCAAAGUUUGUUGCUUUAAAAUGCCUAUAUGUCCGUCACUGCGAACAACUUGAAGCUUUGAUUGUCAGUGCGAUAGAAUUACGUCUACAAGACUGUGGAAAGCUGCAGUUGGACUGCUCUACAUUGAAAAAUCUCACAAUGGAUGGGCACGACAUGGCAGCAUCAUCGGUGGCAAUGGUUGGACAUAUGCUAUUCAACACUUCUCUUGAAAUCUUGACUCUGGAGUCAAUAAGUGAUGAUUGUGUCUCUCUAAGGAUCUUUCCACUUGAUUUCUUUCCAACACUCAGGAUGCUUGAACUCAGUGGGUUUCCUAAUCUACAGAUGAUUUCACAGGAUCACGUUCACAAUCAUCUCGAGGAUCUGACAAUCAAAGAGUGUCCUAAAUUUGAAUCAUUGCCAGAAAACAUGCAUAUGCUGCUUCCAUCUCUCGAUGGGCUACACAUAGAAGACUGUCCGACACUUGAGUCGUUCCCUGAUGGAGGUUUGCCAUCAAAUCUAAAAUACAUCACACUCUGGAAUUGCUUUAGACUUGUUGGCUUACUAAAGGGAGCUUUGGGAGACAGUUCUUCUUUGGAAAGCUUGGGGAUAUCAACACCAGAUGCAGAAUGUUUUCUUGAUGAAGGUUUGCUUCCACCCUCCCUUACUCAACUACAAUUUCUUUAUUGUCAAAAUUUAGAAAAGCUGGACUAUAAGGGUCUCUUACAACUCUCAUCUCUUAGAAGACUGUAUCUUCGAGACUGCCCCAACCUCCAACGCUUACCAGAGGAAGGCCUUCCUAAAUCAAUUUCAUAUCUUGAUAUAACUAAUUGUCCUUUACUGAAACAGCGUUGCCAAGAAGGAGGCGAAGACCGGGAAAAAAUUGCUCACAUUCGAAGAAUACAUUUAUUCUAGUGAUGCUGUUUUAUUUUGUUUAUUUUGUUUAAUAGUAGUGUAUCAACUAUUUUUCCUCUUUCUCUCUCUGGUAGUCCACUCAUGUAACAAAUUACACUUCCAUGAAAUUGUUUUUAAAUUCAACACUAUAAUUAUUAA